UAGGGCUCAAGGCACAGUGCGCAAGGGAUUUAUUUAUACGGUUCAUUUGCCACGAACAGGACUCCAAGCCUCCUCCCUUACCCAAAUCAUUGCAGACAAAAUCGCAGAAAGAUAGCUGCCCCAUCUCGCCAGGUGUAACCAGGAGGUUUUCCUCAUCUGUCCUCUGAUUCCUACCAUUGUGUUCAGAAGUGGUUAAGUCCAUCAGCAACUCAUCAGUUGUCAUGGCAGACAGUCGGCAGCCUGAGGACAACAGCUCCUCUCACUGGGCCCCUCCCACUAACGGAGCCCAGGACCAGUCAGCUGCCCUCGCUGGCCACGGAGAGAACGGCUUCUCCUCUUACAGAGAGAACGGCUAUCACGGAGGACACGCUGCGACAGCAGAGCAAGUGUCAGCCCGUAUAGUUGAGAAGGUGACAGCAGAGGCGGUGGCAGUGCUCAAGCAGGAGCAGGACAAGCAGGACUCUACUAGGAGACUGUCCUCAGUGGAGGACUCUGCCAACCUGCCACCCUCCCCUCCCCCCUCUCCGUCGGCAGAGCAGAUCGGACCCAUGGAGCAAAAGGAGAGACUAGAGGUUGUCCCUACUCCCCCUGAGGAGGAGGAGGAGGAGGAGGAGGUGGAGUUUACCCAAGUCUCAGCAGCUCCUGAGGAGGAGCACCCAGGUCAACAGGGGGAGGAUUCUGAUCAGCAGCCCACAGACAUGCUCUUAGAGCACGUUGAUAUUGUAAGGGAGCCCCAGGCUUUGCCCUGUCCUCAGGCCGAGACUCAUAAAUUCCUCAACGGGGGAGGAAUCCAUCAGGCUGAGUUGGAUAAACCAUCAGAGGAAGCAGCACAGACCACUGCAGAUUUACUUGCAGACCUGCCGGUGAACCCAGAGAAGCCUCGUUCCGACAAUCCUGCCAUGGCAGAGGAGCAUCCACAGGGGGCACCCCCUCCGCAGAGCCCGGUGGCCCCCACCACAGAGAGAGAAACACCUGAGGGAGCAGAGAGCACUGUGUCCAUCGCUGAGUUCUCCACUGGUUCCCCCAAAAACAAAUCUCUAACUGAUCCUACCCCCACAGAACCCGAGAAAACGGUUCAGCCUUUAGUGGAACCAGAAAAGGGGCAAGGGACUGGAAGUACCACUAGUGUGGUUCCUAAGAUACAAUACCUUCCGGAGCCCAAGACCACCGCUGAGAAACAGCCCUCGGUUGAAGAGCUCGACUCAGUUCCUCUUUCAGUUGUAUAUGAGCCCCUGAAAGAUUACAUUGAGGAAGAGGAGGAAAAUGAUGCUUAUGUUACACCCAGUAAGUCAGCAAACCUUGAGAGCGUUCGUGAGGAGAAAGAGAUCAUAUCAGAGAAAACUGAGAAAAGAAUGCUGAGUCUAGGACAAUCGACCGCCAGGCCAUUGUCAUUUGAGACUGAGAAGAUUGAGGAGACUCCUCAAACUAAUGUCAGUGAUGUAGAAAACCCAAAGCAGGAGGCACACAUAUCUGCUGCAGAUAGUCUAAAAGACAAGCAGAGUUCGGAAGAUAAGUCUGGAGUUGCUUCAAAAGAUGAGUCAGGUAUGACGGCCUACUUUGAGACCUCUACACAAAGGGAUACUGAAAAACCAGGAGAACGUGGUGAGGGUUACUAUGAGCUCAGUGCUGUCAGCCAGAAGAAGCCCUCAGAGGAGAUUCUGGAGGCCGAUUCAAACAUUAAAAUAAGCGAUUCAGCACCAGAACAGACAAUAUCCAGCAUAACGUUGAUGAGUGACAGUACCAUGGACAAGCUAGAGGAUCUCCCUAAAGGGAAGGAUGUGUGUACUAGACUGUCACCUGGCAAAUUGUCAUUGGAACACAGAAGUCUUUCUCUGAAUUUUGCUAUUGGCUCAAUGGGUCAAGCAGGAGAGCAAAACCAGUUGAAGCUCUCAUCUCUUACAGAGGUCUCUUCCGGAAGCCUGGAUGAAACCACAGGCUACCUUCCUCUAACCACCCCAUUAGUACCAUUAGAGAGACAGCUACUUCCUGUGACUCCAGAGACUCCAGCUCUCCCAGUCCCUAACACUGAAACCUUCACGGAUCUACCUGAAGACACCACCACUAAGACAAUGUGUUCUCCUGAGUUGUCACUCUCACCCAUGAAGCAACACUACACCCAUUUGAAUGACCCAUCCAACGACCUUCCUGAGAUGCUGGACCUAGCCGGUGUUAAGCCCAAACCCACCCUGGAGAAGAGGGAGCUGGACCAGCAUAAUAGAAGGAGGUCUGUCCCUGCCUGUCCAUCUGCUGCUCUGGUGGGCAGUUCUCUGGCCAAGCUGGUGCUGGGGAACCAGCAGACGCCCAGGGUGGUGGGUGGAGAGGAGAGCCAGCAGGAGGAGCGUGGUUACUGCGUGUUUAGUGAGUACUCUGGUCCCAUGCCCUCGCCUGCCGAUCUGCACAGCCCAGUGGGCUCCCCACACCAACGGUUCCCCACAGUGACUGAAGGGGACAGUGACGAGGAACUGGGAGCCAUUGCGGAAGAGGGCGAGCAAAAGCUGGCACCGCAAAAAACAAACCAGGCAGAGGAAUCGGUUGGAGGAACGGUUAAGCCAACUUUGGUGCUUGAAAGAGCUGUCACGGCAGGUGUCAAACCGGAUCGUCUGAGGAUCCCUGUGGCUCCAUCCAAAGACAAACUGACAGAGUUCCGGCUGGAGAGCGGUCUUCCCGGGGACAUCAAAACCCAAGCCAUUCCUGAGGUAGAGUUGGAGCAGGACCUCUCCAGAGAAGCGUCCCCCAUCCCACCAGACUUCGCAUUUACUUUUGGCACUGAGGUGAAGGACACCAAGCUUUUUGCGACCCCUGAGUCUCCAGCAGAAAAGGCUGCCGCUGUGGAGGGAACCAAAGUUGAGGAAGUCACAGCGGAAGUCAAAGUAGAGGUGGCGUCAGCAAGGAUUGGGAAGAGUCAGAAGACUGGUCUUAAAAAGCCAGAGAUGGAGAAAGUGGAGGAGACCUCAGACCCAGACCAUCAGAAUGCUGUUGAAGACUUACAGCCAAAGGAUGUUCGAGAACUGGAGAGAGAAAAGAAAAAGGAACCCAUGACAUCAUCACCUGAAUCAUUAGUGGAGAUCAUCAAUGCGCAGGAGAAGAAGCGUGAAAGUGAACCAGAGGUGUCAACAGUACCAGCGGAGGCUGUCGUUCCAAAAGAAGAGGCCAAGACCAAAGCUGAAGAAACAUCACCAACACCCUCUAACGUGAGCACUGCAGAUGUGGAGGAAGCCACAGAGCAACUAGAAGAGAAAAGUCCAGAGAAAAGUGUUUCUGGAAGUUCUCCAGUUAUAGUCAUACCUCAGGCACAAGUUGAGGAAGAGGAGGAGGAAGACAAUAUAGAAGUAGCUGAGGAAGUCUUGGAGGAAGUUGAAGGCCCUCCUGUGCUCCUCAAGGAGAAAGAGCAAGAGAGUCACCCUAUGGAGAAGCAGGAGGAGGUGGCAGAAGAGGUGAGGGUGGUGGGUGGGGUGGAGGAGGUGAUUGUUGAAAAUCCUAAAGAUUUGGAGUCUGCUGUUGCUGGGGAUGACGAAUCAUGUGAUGCUACUGCCCCAACCAUUGAUGAAGGGGAUUAUGCCGAUCGCAUCUCUCAUCUAUCUGCCUGCUCUGGAAACGACCAGCCACAAACCCUCGAUGGAAAGGAGGCAGAGAAAGAGAAGAAUAAAGUGGAGGAUAAAGAAGGGGUGGUGCUGCAGGAAGAGGAGGAGUCCGCUGAAGUGGGGCAGGAAGUUGAGGUGAAGGCUUCCAGUCGCAAGGAGACGGAGACCUCAGACGUACUGCGGAGCCAGACCAGCGAGACCACCGCUCUCGACGAGACCACCAUGGACGUCUCCAUGUUAGACAGCGAGAGUGGCUGGGUGGACUCACAAGAUGAUGACAGAAGCCUAAUGACAGAGCAGAUUGAAGCUCUGCCCAAAACACAGAGUCCUGUCAAGACUCCCCUGGUAGAGAGACCCUCUAAUAAACGUCCCCCCGGCAGAGGACAGGGGCGCGCCUCCACCCCCGAGCGCAAACUCAACCGCAGAGAGCCCGUCAGUCGUCGUCCAAAGGAGGAAGAGAAGAAGAAAAAAGUGGGGACGAAGAGAACUGAACAGUGUAAGGUAUCAGUCCUCCAGUGUCGCUCUCCCACUCGGAGGAUUGUAGUCAAAGCUGCUACGUUCAGACAAGCUAGACCUGCUUCACACCACGGCUCUGCUAGACGCAAGCCACCAGCCGUGGAGGACCAGCAGCCUCUUAAUGUGACCCACCAAUCCCGGGAAAGGACCUCUGAGGGUACCUACCGGACUCCAGAAAAGAGGUCCUCUCUGCCCAGGCCUGCCUCCUCCCUGCCCCGCCGUGCCCCCCCAGCAGAGCACGACAACACCAGCCCUGCCCCCCGCAGGCCCACCUCAAUUCAAACUGAGCCCAGAGGGGAGCACAGGUCUGGGAGGUCCCCUAGUAUCGCAGUCGGCACAAACUCGUCGGCCCGUUCCCGUUCGGCCCGGAGCGGAGCCUCCACGCCCCACACCCCCGGCUCCACAGCAGUCACCCCAGGAACACCACCCAGCUACUCCUGCCGCACCCCUGGGAGUCGCACCCCCGGCAGCCACACACCCAAGUCUCUCAGCCUCCUCACUCAGGAGAAGAAGUUUGCUGUGAUCCGCACACCGCCCAAGUCGCCCUCCACCACACCCAAGCAGCUGCGUGUCCUCAACCAGCCCCUGCCUGACCUGAAGAACAUCAAGUCCAAGAUCGGCUCCACAGACAACAUGAAGUACCAGCCCAAAGGUGGACAGGUCUUCAUUCCAAGUGUUAAACUGGACUUUAGCCAUGUCCAAUCUAAGUGUGGCUCCCUGGACAAAAUCCAGUACGCACCCACCGGGGGAAACGUCCACAUUACCACCAAGAAGAUAGACCUGAGCCACAUCACCUCCAAAUGUGGAUCAAUGUCCAACAUCCGUCACCGACCAGGGGGUGGUAACGUGCGUAUUGAGAGUGUGAAGCUGGACUUCAAGGACAAGGCCGAGGCCAAAGUGGGCUCACUGGCUAACGCCAGUCACACCCCCGGGGGAGGACAAAUCAUGAUCGAGAGCCACAAGCUGACGUUCCGUGACACGGCCAAGGCUCGCGUGGACCACGGGGCAGACGUUAUCACCCUGUCCCCAGGUGGCACCGGGGGUACAUCCCCCCACCGUCUCAGCAACGUGUCAUCCACGGGCAGCCUCAACCUCCUGGACUGCCCCCAGCUGUCCACACUGGCCCAGGACGUCACCAUGGCCCUGGCCAAGCAAGGCUUAUGAGCCUCCUGCCUCCUCCAUCUCCCCCUGGUUCCUGGUCCUCCAUCGCCCCCUGGUUCCUGGUCCUCCAUCUCCCCCUGGUUCCUGGUCCUCCACCUCCCCCUGGUUCCUGGUCCUCCAUCGCCCCCCUGGUUCUUGGUCCUCCAUCUCCCCCUGGUUCCUGGUCCUCCAUCUCCCCCUGGUUCCUGGUCCUCCAUCUCCCCCUGGUUCCUGGUCCUCCAUCUCCCCCUGGUUCCUGGUCCUCCAUCGCCCCCUGGUUCCUGGUCCUCCCUCUCCCCCUGGUUCUUGGUCCUCCAUCGCCCCCUGGUUCCUGGUCCUCCAUUUCCCCCUGGUUCCUGGUCCUCCAUCUCCCCCUGGUUCCUGGUCCUCCAUCUCCCCUGGUUCCUGGUCCUCCAUCGCCCCCUGGUUCCUGGUCCUCCCUCUCCCCCUGGUUCUUGGUCCUCCAUCGCCCCCUGGUUCCUGGUCCUCCAUCUCCCCUGGUUCCUGGUCCUCCAUCUCCCCCUGGUUCCUGGUCCUCCAUCUCCCCCUGGUUCCUGGUCCUCCAUCGCCCCCUGGUUCCUGGUCCUCCAUCUCCCCUGGUCCUCCAUCUCCCCCUGGUUCCUGGUCCUCCAUCUCCCCCUGGUUCCUGGUCCUCCAUCGCCCCCUGGUUCCUGGUCCUCCAUCUCCCCCUGGUUCCUGGUCCUCCAUCUCCCCCUGGUUCUUGGUCCUCCAUCUCCCCCUGGUUCCUGGUCCUCCAUCUCCCCCUGGUUCCUGGUCCUCCAUCUCCCCCUGGUUCCUGGUCCUCCAUCUCCCCCUGGUUCCUGGUCCUCCAUCGCCCCCCGGACCUCCUGGAUCCCUUGGACCUCCUGGUCUUAACAUCCCCCUUCAACAUUUCUCCGUCGGCCCUCCACUGCAACAACCCUUCGCCGUCGUCCCCCAAGAUAAGAAACCAGAUGACUGUGAUCAGAGUAUCAGAGUCCAUCUUCCAUCAUUCCACUCCCCCUCUCGCUCCUCCAUAGGAAAACAUGCUAUUUAAACUACCACCACCAGGGGGAUUUUAAUGACUGACUCUAGGAUGUUUGUUCUUCUUCUUUCUGUUCUAAGGGAUGUGCUCGACUCUGCUAGGGGGUGUUGUGUUGUUCUUUUGGCUUCUUUUCAUUACAUGUUGAACUUUCUUUGGGACAUUACUGUAGAUGGCCAGUGUGCUAGCUAGCUAAGGCAUUGAAACAGGUACAGGGAUAGUGUUGAUAGGGUAUUAUCGGUUAUCUAAGACAGUGAUUCUUAUUGUGUGGCAAUGAUCUCAAAGACAUUCCAUUUGGCCUAGGAUAUUAAGCGGUCCAGCCUGGUUUCAUUCCCAACAUACACUAUAUAUACAAAGGUAUGUGGACACACCUUCAAGUUAGUGGAUUCGGCUAUUUCAGCCACACCCGUUGCUGACAGGUAUAUAAAAUUGAGCACACAUCCAUGCAAUCUCCAUAGACAAACAUUGGCAGUAGAAUGGCCUUACUGAAGAGCUUAGUGGCUUAUAACAUGGCACCGUCAUAGGAUGCCACCUUUCCAACAAGUCAGUUUGUCAAAUUUCUGCCCUGCCAGAGCUGCCCCGGGCAAUUGUAAGCGCUGUUAUUGUAAAGUGGAAACGUCUAGGAGCAACAACGUCUUAGCCGCAAAGUGGUAGACCACACAAGCUCACAGAACGGGACCACCAAGUGCUGAAGAGCGUUGUGUGUAAAAAUCGUCUGUCAUCGGUUGCAACACUCACUACUGAGUUCCAAACUUUCUCUAGGAGCAACUUCAGCACAAGAACUGUUCGUCGGGGGCUUCAUGAAAUGGGUUUCCAUGGCCGAGCAACCGCACACAAGCCUACGAUCACCAUGUACAAUGCCAAGAGUCUGCUGGAGUGGUGUAAAGCUCGCUGCCAUUGGACUCUGGAGCAGUGGAAACGUGUUCUCUGGAGUGAUGAAUCACGCUUCACCAUCUGGCAGUCCAACAGGAGUAACUGGGUUUGGCAGAUGCCAGGAGAACGCUACCUUCCCCAAUGCAUAGUGCCAGCUGUAGUUUGGUGGAGGAGGAAUAAUGGUCUGGGGCUGUUUUUCAUGGUUCGGGCUAGGCCCCUUAGUUUCAGUGAAGGGAAAUCAUAACACCACAGCAUACAAUGACAUUCUUGACAAUUCUGUGUCCAACUUUGUGCCAACAGUUUGGGGAAGUCCCUUUCCCAAUGCCCCUGUGCACAAAGCGAGGUCAAUACAGAAAUAGUUUGUUGAGAUCGGUGUGGAAGAACUUGACUGGUCUGCACAGAGCCCUGACCUCAACCCCAUCGAACACCUUUGGGAUGAAUUGGAACGCCAACUGCGAGCCAGGCUUUAUCACCCAACAUCAGUGCCCGGCCUCUAAUGCUCGUGGCUGAAUGGAAGAAAGCUACCCGCAGCAAUGUACCAACAUCUAGUGGAAAGCCUUCUCAGCAGAGUGGAUGGCUGUUAUAGCGGCAAAGGGGGGACCAAAUCUAGAUUUGGGUAUGUCAUUUUACGUGAACAUUUUAAAAAAGAGGUUAAUGCCCAUGAUUUUGGAACGAGAUGUUUGAUGAGCAGCUGUCCACAUACUUUUGAUCAUGUAGUGUAUCUGAUCCAGUAUCCCAGGUCCUGUAUGUGUCUCGUAGACAGGGGGCUGUUACGUUUGUGAACAACAAUUCAUCUACAACACAAUUCAAUACAAUGCAAAACGUUACAACUGUAACGGUAAGAAAUGGCUAUUCAGACAAGCUUGUUUCAAUUCAUUGGCAGAAAAUGGGAUGUUUACUAUUAGAUUUGAUUUUGUUUUAGUCAUGUGACUAUAUGACUUCAUGAUGUCAUUUGCUGAAUUAUUGGACAAAAUGUGGUUUUGUUGAGUUUGUUUUAUCUCAAUAGUGCAAAUGGUAGUGUUGAUGUCACGGUGGCUGAACUAGCUUGGCACAUGCUGUCAUGUCAAGUUACAAUGCUAUGAACCCUCGCUUUCCAAUAGACCUCUUCCACGAGCCAUCAGGCUGCUUUUCUGCUUCAGUGAUGUGAGCAUUCAUUUUACAUACAGUAGCUCUGUGAUUUCCACCAAACAGUCGCUGUUAUGCUGACGUGACAAAAGCCAGUGAGUGACCUAAUAGCACCGAGUUAUAGACAUAAAAUAUCUAGAGAGUGAACACUGUAGCUAGGGACUAUACUGUGUCUAGUCAGUGAACACAGUCUAUAACCGAUUUGUACCAGCCUUAGACUAAUACGUUUGCUUCCAAUAAGCCUUUCUCUUACGUUUAGAUUAGCAAGAACAUGGACCUUGAAUGAGCUAAGGGCCUGCAGUCGCUUGUGUAACUACGCAGAACGUGUCUGAAGCUUUAUAUUUAAAUAAACAUUCCAUGAAAAAUAGCAGCUAUGGUUGUACACUGUGAAAAUGUCCCAGUCGGAUCGUACGGACGGGACUUUCUGAGGAAAGAAGGUUCAAGUCAUGAAGGGACGUAGUGGAAGGAAAAGGAAGUCAUUCUCAACUUGUACGUGUUUGAUAAAAAUGUUCUAGCUUACUUUUAUCUGUCACCAUUUGUGAUUUCCUCCCUCCCACCCCCAAUUUCCAGAUGUUGGUUACCCUUCAGUGUUUUUCUCAAGCCCCUUCUUCCCUCUUCCUCCCCCUCCCACAACACUUUGCCUGUUUUAAGUGUAUUUAAAGAGACCAUGUAGAUGUGCACACUUUACAAUGUUUGAAACAAUGCUGUUUACAAAACACUCCUACAUAAUAACAGGAAUAAAAUAAUAAAAUGAACUA